AUGAAUUCAACAUCAAUCUUUACGGCUGCGCUCAGCCCCGGCCUCUCACGGCGGCCGUCCAUUAGCUCUCGAGUGUCCUUUGCCGUGUCCAACGCAGAGCAUGGAGAGACGUCGAGGGAGGGCCAGAUUGACGACGAGAUUGCCGAGAUCAAAAGAUAUGAGGACUUUACAACGAUAGACUGGGUGAAAGAUGCGGCACGAGAACAGGCGCGGCGCAAGGCUCGUAGGAAGCGCUCGGCGGGCGUGUACAGACUCGGCCAGCCUGGCUGGAGAUAUCGGAUACGGGAGACUUACGACGCCGCGCAGGGCUGGAUCGUCGUCACCAUCAUCGGCGCGGCUAUCGGGUUGAAUGCGGCGUUUUUGAACAUUGUGACGGAGUGGCUGGCUGAUAUCAAGACGGGCCAUUGCACGACGGGGUUUUAUCUCAACGAGAAGUUUUGCUGCUGGGGAGAGGACAAUGGCUGCGAGGAGUGGCAUCGCUGGACCGGCUUUGGUCCCCUCAACUACUUUAUCUAUUUCUUAUUUGCAACCUUGUUCGCUUGUGUAUCGGCCACACUGGUCAAGUCAUAUGCUCCGUACGCAGCGGGAUCUGGUAUAUCGGAGAUUAAGUGCAUCAUUGCUGGCUUCGUCAUGAAGGGCUUUCUUGGCUUCUGGACUCUGCUGAUCAAGUCCAUCUGCUUGCCCCUGGCCAUCGCCUCCGGCUUGUCUGUUGGAAAGGAGGGACCCAGCGUCCACUACGCCGUCUGCACCGGCAACGUCAUCUCGAGGCUGUUCAACAAGUACAGGAGCAAUGCGGGAAAGACUCGCGAGAUCCUCAGCGCCUGUGCCGCGGCGGGAGUCGCCGUCGCCUUUGGCAGCCCCAUCGGAGGCGUGCUCUUCUCGCUCGAGGAAAUGUCGAGCUACUUUCCGCUCAAGACCAUGUGGCGCAGCUAUUUCUGUGCUCUGGUCGCCACGGCAGUCCUAUCUGCGAUGAACCCUUUCCGCACGGGACAGCUGGUCAUGUUCCAGGUCAAAUAUGACCGGGACUGGCAUUUCUUCGAAAUCGUCUUCUACAUCAUCAUUGGCAUUUUCGGCGGACUGUAUGGUGCCUUUGUCAUGAAGUGGAAUCUCCGAGCGCAGGCUUUCCGCAAAAAGUACUUGACAAAGUACGCCGUCUUGGAAGCGACGCUCCUUGCGGCGGGAACUGCCAUCGUCGCCUAUCCCAACGCUUUUCUUAGGAUCGACAUGACGGAGAGCAUGGAGAUUCUCUUCCUCGAGUGUGAAGGAGCAGAGAACUACCAUGGGCUUUGCGACAAGGACCAAAGGACGUGGAACCUCGUGUCGCUGAUCCUCGCGACGGUGUUGAGAGUCUUCUUGGUCAUCAUCUCAUACGGAUGCAAGGUGCCCGCCGGUAUCUUUGUCCCAUCCAUGGCUAUCGGCGCCUCGUUUGGGCGAACUGUCGGCAUCAUCGUCCAAGCCAUAUAUGAAGCAAACCCGAGCAGCGUCUUCUUUUCUGCCUGUAAGCCGGAUGAGCCGUGCAUCACGCCCGGCACCUACGCCUUCCUCGGUGCGGCGGCGGCUUUGAGCGGUAUCAUGCACCUCACCCUGACCGUGGUCGUCAUCAUGUUUGAGCUCACCGGGGCGCUCACGUACAUUCUGCCUACCAUGAUUGUAGUCGGCGUGACCAAGCUUGUCAGCGAAAUGUUUGGCAAGGGCGGCAUUGCCGACCGCAUGAUUUGGUUCAAUGGCUUUCCAUUUAUUGAUAGUAAGGAGGACCACAACUACGGUGUUCCGGUCUCCCAGGUCAUGCGGAGCUCCGUCGUGUCUCUGCCUGCCAACGGGUUGACGCUUGCCGAAACCGAACAGUUGCUGGCCGAGGCCAAGUACCAAGGGUUCCCCAUCGUGUUAGACAGCAACUCCAAGACGCUGUUGGGAUACAUUGGCAGGACUGAGUUGCGGUAUGCCGUUGAUCGAACAAGGCGCGAGCGUCCCGUCUCUCCAGAUGCAAAAUGCAUCUUUUCACCGCAUCCGAUUCAGACUCCAGCCAUUACUCCGAUCACGCCCGCAUUUCGUGGAGACGUCACGGCUUCAUCGCCUCUUGAUUUCAGCCGUUACGUCGACGCUACGCCCGUGACGGCGCAUCCUCGCCUGCCCCUGGAGACGGUCAUGGAGCUGUUUCAAAAGAUUGGACCUCGCGUCAUUCUCAUCGAGUAUCACGGGAAGCUCUCCGGUCUGGUAACCGUCAAGGAUUGCCUCAAGUACCAGUUCAAGGUGGAGGCGGCUGAGAACCCGAAAGAUGACCAGCACGUCAUUGAGGGUCAAGAGCAUCUGUGGAGCGCGCUUCGCAGAGUGGGCUUUUGGGUUUCGAAUUCGGUGUCGUCAGUUUCGCGGGGACACAUUAGACUUAGUGGGCAAUUUGACGACGAGCGGACGCGUGCGAGCGGGAGGAGAGAGGCCAUCUUGGAUGGGGACGAGGACGGCGUUGAUGAAGGCGUUGAGCUGGAAAGGAGAUAG